AUGGCAAGUUUAGAUUCCAAAGGUGAAAUUGUUCCUAUACUAGAGCUUCCAAAUCCAGAGGAAACACAGCUACGGAAGGGUGAAAACGAACCGGUACGUUGCCGCUGACAUUUACAUUUGCUGACAAACACAGUGGAUGCUACGGUAACGGUUUGAUUGACGUCGCAGAAAAAUUUGAAUUUGGAGCAUGUUCAGUAUGAAUUGUUGAGGAUGUCGGCAGAGGUUCCUUCCGCUUCCCGACUUAUCUAGGAAGAUCGAAGGAGACUCUGUUCGCAGGGUAACACACAGUUCUCCUACAGCCCAUUCCCAAAACCCCUACCCCUACCCGCUCGACAAGUCGAGUCCCUGGCCCAAGCACUCAGUUCGCUGUGACAACUAGCGAGGGGCGUACCAUUUGCCGUAGCUACAACUUCCCUCGGGCUUGCUCCUUUCCCAACUGCGUUUACGAACACGCUUGUAACCGACGCGUUCAGGGGGGUAGGGCGUGCGGCCAAAGCCACCCAGGUCGUAGCCAUGCUAAUUCUCUCAAUACCCCACUGCCGGGAACGAGGGCCACCCCCCAGUGACUACCCCUGACAAAUUCGCCCCUUAAUCAGAGUCACGACUUUCAUAAUGGCCGACGGCGCGCGGGACUGGUAACUAUUUUUGCAUCAAAACGAGGCCAGAAAGGCCACGCUUGCUUGAGUUGCAAACAAAACAAAGGUCAAAACAUUUCGAUUGCUUUAUUCCCGGCUUUAUUCUCGAACAAUAUAUCAGUUCAAUUGGGGCCAAUUACUGCUACAAAUAGCGUAUUUAAUCCAGAGGAAUAUGCCAACUCACUGCUGUGUUCCAGAAUGUAAAAAGAAAGGCUACCGCGAUGAGAAUGGAGUGAAAGUUUCGUUCUUUAAAUUUCCGACCGAGAACCCUGAAAAGAAGAAGUGGCUGCACGCGAUACGAAGAGAAGAAGGAAAAUUUUUCAAGGUAACUAAGUAUAGCAAUAAAAGGGGGUGGUAGGCCUACACGACUUUUACCUCAUGCCAAAAUGCUGCUUAUUCCAAUGAAGUUGUUUUUAUCUGCUGGGUAGAUUAUGCUCUGGAAGGUUCUGCAUUUUACUGAGCAAAUGUGGUUUUAGCCGCAUGUUUCACACUGAGAGGUCAUGACAUAUAUAUCGAUUGACUGUAGUUAUUGUUUUCUGGUCGGCAGGAUUUGCCCUGUGAUGCAAGCGCAUAUUCUUUGACCUUUGAGCUUUUUGAAGCGGAAAGCUUUUUUUUUAUUACGGCUGAAUAAGGGUUCCAAUUUUCUCCAAAGUGCCUUCUGGAUCUGAUCUAAGCGAUUUUCUUUAGUCCGUGAGUGUAAUGUUUUUCUGCAAUGCUGUAUCACGCUGGGCCCAGCUCGUCAGUUUUCUUUGCAGAAUGUUAAAUUAUCACGGAUAGUGACUUACAGAUCCAAAAUUAUAAGAGUGAAAUGCAGCUUAAACUGAAGCUACAUAAACUUACUAUGGAGAAUUGAAUUGUGACUCAGUAAACUCCAGCUUAGUGUUUUUCUAAAGAUAGUGUGAGGCUUUUGACUGGAGCGCGUAGUUCCUCCCUUGGUAAUAGCUUUGAAUAAGCUUAACAGUCUUUAAACUGUUUUGUUAUUGCCACAGUUUGUGAUCAGGCAAGACCAUGGUUUCGGUUCUCCUCACGAACCUCAUCAGUUGCCGGGUUGGCUUUGUGCUUAGUUGCUUUUAGAAGAGCAACUUUAGUUGUACUUUGUCGUGGCGAGAACGGUACAGCCGUUCUGUCUGUUGAGCUUUGAACUGAACAUAAAUACCCACGUGGCGGAUCGAAAUUCUUGUUUUCUUAUUGGCUACUGAACGUAACCAAUUGCGCACUGUGUAUUUCGAUCCUCUUCUGCUUCAAGCUAGAGGUGUGUUUUUUUGGAAAGCAUUUCGUGAAAAUUUAGGCACUUUCUUUCGUGGAAGAGUUCGAAGACUCUUGUAAAUAGAUGCGCACAGAGUUUCCGUACACUCCCUCUAAAAACUGGAGUGGAUACGUUUCUUGUUAGUUGCGCAAUGUUGAACUUUCUACUCUGUGCUUGGUUCUUAUUAGUGCCAGUGUUGAUCUUCAUAAGGUAAAACGGGGCCUACCCGUAAACAAAUCAUAGCAAUAAAAGGGGGUGGUAGGCCUACACGACUUUUACCUCAUGCCAAAAUGCUGCUUAUUCCAAUGAAGUUGUUUUUAUCUGCUGGGUAGAUUAUGCUCUGGAAGGUUCUGCAUUUUACUGAGCAAAUGUGGUUUUAGCCGCAUGUUUCACACUGAGAGGUCAUGACAUAUAUAUCGAUUGACUGUAGUUAUUGUUUUCUGGUCGGCAGGAUUUGCCCUGUGAUGCAAGCGCAUAUUCUUUGACCUCUUUUGAAGCGGAAAGCUUUUUUUUUAUUACGGCUGAAUAAGGGUUCCAAUUUUCUCCAAAGUGCCUUCUGGAUCUGAUCUAAGCGAUUUUCUUUAGUCCGUGAGUGUAAUGUUUUUCUGCAAUGCUGUAUCACGCUGGGCCCAGCUCGUCAGUUUUCUUUGCAGAAUGUUAAAUUAUCACGGAUAGUGACUUACAGAUCCAAAAUUAUAAGAGUGAAAUGCAGCUUAAACUGAAGCUACAUAAACUUACUAUGGAGAAUUGAAUUGUGACUCAGUAAACUCCAGCUUAGUGUUUUUCUAAAGAUAGUGUGAGGCUUUUGACUGGAGCGCGUAGUUCCUCCCUUGGUAAUAGCUUUGAAUAAGCUUAACAGUCUUUAAACUGUUUUGUUAUUGCCACAGUUUGUGAUCAGGCAAGACCAUGGUUUCGGUUCUCCUCACGAACCUCAUCAGUUGCCGGGUUGGCUUUGUGCUUAGUUGCUUUUAGAAGAGCAACUUUAGUUGUACUUUGUCGUGGCGAGAACGGUACAGCCGUUCUGUCUGUUGAGCUUUGAACUGAACAUAAAUACCCACGUGGCGGAUCGAAAUUCUUGUUUUCUUAUUGGCUACUGAACGUAACCAAUUGCGCACUGUGUAUUUCGAUCCUCUUCUGCUUCAAGCUAGAGGUGUGUUUUUUUGGAAAGCAUUUCGUGAAAAUUUAGGCACUUUCUUUCGUGGAAGAGUUCGAAGACUCUUGUAAAUAGAUGCGCACAGAGUUUCCGUACAACUCCCUCUAAAAACUGGAGUGGAUACGUUUCUUGUUAGUUGCGCAAUGUUGAACUUUCUACUCUGUGCUUGGUUCUUAUUAGUGCCAGUGUUGAUCUUCAUAAGGUAAAACGGGGCCUACCCGUAAACAAAUCAUAGCAAUAAAAGGGGGUGGUAGGCCUACACGACUUUUACCUCAUGCCAAAAUGCUGCUUAUUCCAAUGAAGUUGUUUUUAUCUGCUGGGUAGAUUAUGCUCUGGAAGGUUCUGCAUUUUACUGAGCAAAUGUGGUUUUAGCCGCAUGUUUCACACUGAGAGGUCAUGACAGAUAUAUCGAUUGACUGUAGUUAUUGUUUUCUGGUCGGCAGGAUUUGCCCUGUGAUGCAAGCGCAUAUUCUUUGACCUCUUUUGAAGCGGAAAGUUUUUUUUUAUUACGGCUGAAUAAGGGUUCCAAUUUUCUCCAAAGUGCCUUCUGGAUCUGAUCUAAGCGAUUUUCUUUAGUCCGUGAGUGUAAUGUUUUUCUGCAAUGCUGUAUCACGCUGGGCCCAGCUCGACUUCAGUUUUCUUUGCAGAAUGUUAAAUUAUCACGGAUAGUGACUUACAGAUCCAAAAUUAUAAGAGUGAAAUGCAGCUUAAACUGAAGCUACAUAAACUUACUAUGGAGAAUUGAAUUGUGACUCAGUAAACUCCAGCUUAGUGUUUUUCUAAAGAUAGUGUGAGGCUUUUGACUGGAGCGCGUAGUUCCUCCCUUGGUAAUAGCUUUGAAUAAGCUUAACAGUCUUUAAACUGUUUUGUUAUUGCCACAGUUUGUGAUCAGGCAAGACCAUGGUUUCGGUUCUCCUCACGAACCUCAUCAGUUGCCGGGUUGGCUUUGUGCUUAGUUGCUUUUAGAAGAGCAACUUUAGUUGUACUUUGUCGUGGCGAGAACGGUACAGCCGUUCUGUCUGUUGAGCUUUGAACUGAACAUAAAUACCCACGUGGCGGAUCGAAAUUUUGUUUUCUUAUUGGCUACUGAACGUAACCAAUUGCGCACUGUGUAUUUCGAUCCUCUUCUGCUUCAAGCUAGAGGUGUGUUUUUUGGAAAGCAUUUCGUGAAAAUUUAGGCACUUUCUUUCGUGGAAGAGUUCGAAGACUCUUGUAAAUAGAUGCGCACAGAGUUUCCGUACACUCCCUCUAAAAACUGGAGUGGAUACGUUUCUUGUUAGUUGCGCAAUGUUGAACUUUCUACUCUGUGCUUGGUUCUUAUUAGUGCCAGUGUUGAUCUUCAUAAGGUAAAACGGGGCCUACCCGUAAACAAAUCAUAGCAAUAAAAGGGGUGGUAGGCCUACACGACUUUUUACCUCAUGCCAAAAUGCUGCUUAUUCCAAUGAAGUUGUUUUUAUCUGUUGGGUAGAUUAUGCUCUGGAAGGUUCUGCAUUUUACUGAGCAAAUGUGGUUUUAGCCGCAUGUUUCACACUGAGAGGUCAUGACAUAUAUAUCGAUUGACUGUAGUUAUUGUUUUCUGGUCGGCAGGAUUUGCCCUGUGAUGCAAGCGCAUAUUCUUUGACCUCUUUUGAAGCGGAAAGCUUUUUUUUAUUACGGCUGAAUAAGGGUUCCAAUUUUCUCCAAAGUGCCUUCUGGAUCUGAUCUAAGCGAUUUUCUUUAGUCCGUGAGUGUAAUGUUUUUCUGCAAUGCUGUAUCACGCUGGGCCCAGCUCGUCAGUUUUCUUUGCAGAAUGUUAAAUUAUCACGGAUAGUGACUUACAGAUCCAAAAUUAUAAGAGUGAAAUGCAGCUUAAACUGAAGCUACAUAAACUUACUAUGGAGAAUUGAAUUGUGACUCAGUAAACUCCAGCUUAGUGUUUUUCUAAAGAUAGUGUGAGGCUUUUGACUGGAGCGCGUAGUUCCUCCCUUGGUAAUAGCUUUGAAUAAGCUUAACAGUCUUUAAACUGUUUUGUUAUUGCCACAGUUUGUGAUCAGGCAAGACCAUGGUUUCGGUUCUCCUCACGAACCUCAUCAGUUGCCGGGUUGGCUUUGUGCUUAGUUGCUUUUAGAAGAGCAACUUUAGUUGUACUUUGUCGUGGCGAGAACGGUACAGCCGUUCUGUCUGUUGAGCUUUGAACUGAACAUAAAUACCCACGUGGCGGAUCGAAAUUCUUGUUUUCUUAUUGGCUACUGAACGUAACCAAUUGCGCACUGUGUAUUUCGAUCCUCUUCUGCUUCAAGCUAGAGGUGUUUUUUUUUUGGAAAGCAUUUCGUGAAAAUUUAGGCACUUUCUUUCGUGGAAGAGUUCGAAGACUCUUGUAAAUAGAUGCGCACAGAGUUUCCGUACACUCCCUCUAAAAACUGGAGUGGAUACGUUUCUUGUUAGUUGCGCAAUGUUGAACUUUCUACUCUGUGCUUGGUUCUUAUUAGUGCCAGUGUUGAUCUUCAUAAGGUAAAACGGGGCCUACCCGUAAACAAAUCAUAGCAAUAAAAGGGGGUGGUAGGCCUACACGACUUUUACCUCAUGCCAAAAUGCUGCUUAUUCCAAUGAAGUUGUUUUUAUCUGCUGGGUAGAUUAUGCUCUGGAAGGUUCUGCAUUUUACUGAGCAAAUGUGGUUUUAGCCGCAUGUUUCACACUGAGAGGUCAUGACAUAUAUAUCGAUUGACUGUAGUUAUUGUUUUCUGGUCGGCAGGAUUUGCCCUGUGAUGCAAGCGCAUAUUCUUUGACCUCUUUUGAAGCGGAAAGCUUUUUUUAUUACGGCUGAAUAAGGGUUCCAAUUUUCUCCAAAGUGCCUUCUGGAUCUGAUCUAAGCGAUUUUCUUUAGUCCGUGAGUGUAAUGUUUUUCUGCAAUGCUGUAUCACGCUGGGCCCAGCUCGUCAGUUUUCUUUGCAGAAUGUUAAAUUAUCACGGAUAGUGACUUACAGAUCCAAAAUUAUAAGAGUGAAAUGCAGCUUAAACUGAAGCUACAUAAACUUACUAUGGAGAAUUGAAUUGUGACUCAGUAAACUCCAGCUUAGUGUUUUUCUAAAGAUAGUGUGAGGCUUUUGACUGGAGCGCGUAGUUCCUCCCUUGGUAAUAGCUUUGAAUAAGCUUAACAGUCUUUAAACUGUUUUGUUAUUGCCACAGUUUGUGAUCAGGCAAGACCAUGGUUUCGGUUCUCCUCACGAACCUCAUCAGUUGCCGGGUUGGCUUUGUGCUUAGUUGCUUUUAGAAGAGCAACUUUAGUUGUACUUUGUCGUGGCGAGAACGGUACAGCCGUUCUGUCUGUUGAGCUUUGAACUGAACAUAAAUACCCACGUGGCGGAUCGAAAUUCUUGUUUUCUUAUUGGCUACUGAACGUAACCAAUUGCGCACUGUGUAUUUCGAUCCUCUUCUGCUUCAAGCUAGAGGUGUGUUUUUGGAAAGCAUUUCGUGAAAAUUUAGGCACUUUCUUUCGUGGAAGAGUUCGAAGACUCUUGUAAAUAGAUGCGCACAGAGUUUCCGUACACUCCCUCUAAAAACUGGAGUGGAUACGUUUCUUGUUAGUUGCGCAAUGUUGAACUUUCUACUCUGUGCUUGGUUCUUAUUAGUGCCAGUGUUGAUCUUCAUAAGGUAAAACAGGGCCUACCCGUAAACAAAUCAUAGCAAUAAAAAGGGGUGGUAGGCCUACACGACUUUUACCUCAUGCCAAAAUGCUGCUUAUUCCAAUGAAGUUGUUUUUAUCUGCUGGGUAGAUUAUGCUCUGGAAGGUUCUGCAUUUUACUGAGCAAAUGUGGUUUUAGCCGCAUGUUUCACACUGAGAGGUCAUGACAUAUAUAUCGAUUGACUGUAGUUAUUGUUUUCUGGUCGGCAGGAUUUGCCCUGUGAUGCAAGCGCAUAUUCUUUGACCUCUUUUGAAGCGGAGCUUUUUUUUUUUUAUUACGGCUGAAUAAGGGUUCCAAUUUUCUCCAAAGUGCCUUCUGGAUCUGAUCUAAGCGAUUUUCUUUAGUCCGUGAGUGUAAUGUUUUUCUGCAAUGCUGUAUCACGCUGGGCCCAGCUCGUCAGUUUUCUUUGCAGAAUGUUAAAUUAUCACGGAUAGUGACUUACAGAUCCAAAAUUAUAAGAGUGAAAUGCAGCUUAAACUGAAGCUACAUAAACUUACUAUGGAGAAUUGAAUUGUGACUCAGUAAACUCCAGCUUAGUGUUUUUCUAAAGAUAGUGUGAGGCUUUUGACUGGAGCGCGUAGUUCCUCCCUUGGUAAUAGCUUUGAAUAAGCUUAACAGUCUUUAAACUGUUUUGUUAUUGCCACAGUUUGUGAUCAGGCAAGACCAUGGUUUCGGUUCUCCUCACGAACCUCAUCAGUUGCCGGGUUGGCUUUUGUGCUUAGUUGCUUUUAGAAGAGCAACUUUAGUUGUACUUUGUCGUGGCGAGAACGGUACAGCCGUUCUGUCUGUUGAGCUUUGAACUGAACAUAAAUACCCACGUGGCGGAUCGAAAUUCUUGUUUUCUUAUUGGCUACUGAACGUAACCAAUUGCGGACUGUGUAUUUCGAUCCUCUUCUGCUUCAAGCUAGAGGUGUGUUUUUUUUGGAAAGCAUUUCGUGAAAAUUUAGGCACUUUCUUUCGUGGAAGAGUUCGAAGACUCUUGUAAAUAGAUGCGCACAGAGUUUCCGUACACUCCCUCUAAAAACUGGAGUGGAUACGUUUCUUGUUAGUUGCGCAAUGUUGAACUUUCUACUCUGUGCUUGGUUCUUAUUAGUGCCAGUGUUGAUCUUCAUAAGGUAAAACGGGGCCUACCCGUAAACAAAUCAUAGCAAUAAAAGGGGUGGUAGGCCUACACGACUUUUACCUCAUGCCAAAAUGCUGCUUAUUCCAAUGAAGUUGUUUUUAUCUGCUGGGUAGAUUAUGCUCUGGAAGGUUCUGCAUUUUACUGAGCAAAUGUGGUUUUAGCCGCAUGUUUCACACUGAGAGGUCAUGACAUAUAUAUCGAUUGACUGUAGUUAUUGUUUUCUGGUCGGCAGGAUUUGCCCUGUGAUGCAAGCGCAUAUUCUUUGACCUCUUUUGAAGCGGAAAGCUUUUUUUAUUACGGCUGAAUAAGGGUUCCAAUUUUCUCCAAAGUGCCUUCUGGAUCUGAUCUAAGCGAUUUUCUUUAGUCCGUGAGUGUAAUGUUUUUCUGCAAUGCUGUAUCACGCUGGGCCCAGCUCGUCAGUUUUCUUUGCAGAAUGUUAAAUUAUCACGGAUAGUGACUUACAGAUCCAAAAUUAUAAGAGUGAAAUGCAGCUUAAACUGAAGCUACAUAAACUUACUAUGGAGAAUUGAAUUGUGACUCAGUAAACUCCAGCUUAGUGUUUUUCUAAAGAUAGUGUGAGGCUUUUGACUGGAGCGCGUAGUUCCUCCCUUGGUAAUAGCUUUGAAUAAGCUUAACAGUCUUUAAACUGUUUUGUUAUUGCCACAGUUUGUGAUCAGGCAAGACCAUGGUUUCGGUUCUCCUCACGAACCUCAUCAGUUGCCGGGUUGUUAGCCUACCACCCCCUUUUAUUGCCAGAGAGGUGCUCCAUCCAUUAUCAGGAUAUUUGACAGAGUUGGGAUCUGUGAGACAGAAAGAAACAGUAUUUUAUUUUGAACUCACACAUACUCAUUUUCAAAAACCGAUACGCAAACAUUUAGCUAAAUUACAGGUAAAACAAUCUGACAGUUAUUACCUUGUGACGGGCGCUCGUCGCUCGCACCCGACGAUGCACCGCUUCGUUGUUGUUUCCUCUUCGUAUAGAGCUGAUUUGGAUCAGGGUCAACAAUAUUUUUAUCUUUUCCACGCGUGAUGUACUCUUCCACUCUGAGAAAUGAAUAAAAACGCUUUAGCAUGGCGAAUAUUUGCUACUGAAAAGAUCAAAGUGACGCGCAUGGAAACAAAGCUGAAAAAAGCGAUUUCUCACCUCUUAACAAGUUCUGCUUUCGUUUUAAGGCCUUUCGCUGGAUCACCUCUACACUUUAACCAAAACUUUAACUCGUCAUUUUUCAGUUCGGAUGGUUUUCGGCCACAUAGAGAAGCGCCAGGAAUAUCAUUUUCUUCAAGAAGCGAAGCACUCAACGAAGUUGUUGACAACGCGGCCAUGUUUGAUUUUCUAGUGGCCUUUCUGGCCUCGCUCUGGUGCUAUAGUUACCAUUUCUCCCGAGCGGUCCGCCAUUAUGAAAGUCGUGUAUGGUUAUCCGAAUUAGAGGGCAGGGGCACCCAACGACAAUUUUCGGAAAAAUAUCUGUUCGGAAGACGAUUUGAGAUCUAGAAUUUUCGGAACAUUUGUUGUAAAAUUUCUUGCUUGCAUGCCUCUCCUAGGAUUUUCGAACGUCUAAAAAACGGUAAAAAUGCCCAUUUUCAGCGGAUUUUUACCCUAAAAAGGUCGCCUAGAAUUUUCGGGAGCCUUUUUUCUGGCUGAAAUUUUCGAACAGGUAAGUUUUGAUCCCUACAAUUUUCGGAUCACUAGACUUUCAGCUAGGAAAUCCGAACAGAUGAAAAAUUUAUAGGGGAUAAAAAUAUGCCCAAAUCCAUCGUUUAAAUAACAAAACACGUUUAACAAUGCUAUGUUUAAGCGGUUUUGAACUAUAUUCUCGUUUGGUGCCCCUGAGAGGGGGACGCAGAUAGUGUAUUUUUGAGCGAUGGCGUAUUAUGUGGUUUUAAGUUAACAGGCGUUGACACCACGCUUAAAGAAGUAGACAUGCAGAAUUAUAAAUCGGCCACUAACUCUGCUGUGAGGGACACAGCAGAGGAAACGAUUCGCGAUGAGAUCAGACAGGGAAACUAUGUUAUCUCGGCAACUAAACCGAAAGUCGUAAGCGCCUUAGGAGCUAUUCAAAAGAGUCCCCCAGGUUCCCAAGCCGAAUUCGAUCUUUCACCAGUUGACACAGGCUGGGCACAUGAUGGUAAGCGCGGCUAUCAUGAAAUUAUAGUCUGUUUAAACAAGAACGAGAAGUCCGAAGACUACAGCAAAGCUGAUUUAAAACAACGUGUAUUGUUUUUUAUAACAAUAUUUCGGCUGGCCAUACCAGCCUUCUUCAGGUUUACAGAUGUUACUGAACCUAUGUAGCAAUCACAAUAUUAUAUAGAUGGAGAAUGUCGCAAUAAAAGGGAGAGGCGGAAAUGACGUACAGCAUAAAAACUGGAAAGGAUAAAUACUAAGGAUAUGGAUUACAAUAAUUCGUCACGGCGGUUUUUGUAAUCCAUAUCCUUAGUAUUUAUCCUUUCCAGUUUUUAUGCUGUACGUCAUUUCUGCCUCUCCCUUUUACUGCGACAUUCUCCAUCUAUAUAAUAUUGUGAUUGCUACAUAAGUUCAGUAACAUCUGUAAACCUGAAGAAGGCUGGUAUGGCCAGCCGAAAUAUUGUUAUAAAAAAACAAUACACGUUGUUUUAAAUCAGCUUUGCUGUAGUCUUCGGACUUCUCGUUCUUGUUUCUUUAUAUUUUGGCUGAUUUGAUCUCUUUUCUAGAGAUCCAACGUUUACAACUAGCAGGAUCUUCGUUCACGGUUUUUGCAUUUAAUUUAAUAGUCCAUUUAGAUGAUUUUCUUGUUAUCGGAAGCACUUACCGCGUUGCAACGAAAAAAAUGACGCACUUUUCGUGCUACUUCAGGAUUUGGGUUUCUCAAUAAGCUGGCGGAAGCUCGUUCCACCAACGCAAUGUCUCACGUUCUGGCAGGCAAAUUAAAUUGGGCUAAAUUGGGCUUGCCGGGUGGUGUACGGCGGGCGCACAUAAUUCAAUGGCAAGUACGGCCAAAUACUGGGCGCUUUCCAUUUAGUCAAAAUUUCCGGAAUUUCCGGUUCGGCGGUAAAUGGAACACGUUUCGUCGGUUCGUCCCACUGGAAAAUUCCCAGAAAAUGUGGAAAAUCUAAAAAGGUUGUCCCGUACGUUUCUCGUAGUUUGCACCAGUUCCAGGUCCACGGUCGGGCACCGCCACGUACCGGGGUUUACGACCAAAUGGAACAACUUGUUACCAAUCGGAAAUUCAACUUUUGCUACCACCUAAAUUUCCGGGUUUUUUUCCUAAAUGGAAAGCGCCCACUGCCUCAAUCCUUUUACCGUGACCUACCGAGAAUGAUCAAUUCAAGCAUUUGUCAAAGGUCGUGACUAGAAUGGAUACUCCAAAAUCAGGUAUCCGCUCGGAGACUGGAACUGAAUAAAAUUAUUUUAAAAGAUAAAUAUACAAAGACUGAAGAAGGCUGAGAUGAGAAUGGUUACUCCAAAAUAUGGAUCAAAGCCUACAUAGAGGUUAGUUGUUUUUCACGUUCUUUGUAAGAAUUUAGUGCAAGGAGCAAUGUCUGUUUAAUUACAGUACCACUACCGCGAUUGUCGUGUAAAGCUUAUUCAUAGCAAAGUAUCUGUUUGGAUAGCUCAGAAUAAGAUGGAUACUUCAGAAUAAGAAUGGCCAAAAUAUGGAAGUUUUGGCCAUCUGGAUUAUUAUUACUGAACUUCCCAAUACAAACAUGAUUGUUACGUUUACAAAGAGGGUACAAAUACAGUUAAGGUCAGUUAAUUUUAUGGGUUAGUUGAUUCCAAGUGUUAACAAUAGUAAAAAACACCCAAGGGACCUGUCAUUUAUUAGAGACGGGGGAGGGCUGGCGCAAUUGGGGGGAAGGUCAUUAAAUUUUAUGUAGCCAAAAAGGGGAGGGUCACCAAAAAUUUAAGCUGGGCUUUGGGGAGGGCCAUACCAUUUUUAGCAAACUGAUUGCUGUUCACUUAAAAUAAAAAUAAAUCAACAAAUAAAAUAUAUUAUUUAACAAACAAGUCCCUUGCACAGUAAGCAUUUUAAACUUUCAUAAUGAUCAACCUGAACUACCCAACAACCCUACAUAUACGUCUUUUUCUUGAUUUGUUUUUCAACAGCAACACACUGCGAAACAUGUCUUUGCAUUGAUCAAGUUUCUCAUUAAGAUAUUUCAAUUCACUGUUUACUCUUUUUUAGCUUCAUCAAGCCUUGUAAUAACAGCUUCAUCAAACGAUUUAGAAUACUCUUCUCCUCGUAUAAAAUUACCAGUCUUUGAGUGAAACAGGGUGUUAAGGUGAGCUUUAAUGCGUCUAUCCAUAUCUAAUAUGUUCUCUAGUAACUCACUGAGCUUCAUAAUGUUCGCCCUCAGUAUUAACUAAUCAGCUGGGACAAGAACAUAAUCGGUUGUGUAAAAUUUUCCAGCAGCACCAGGAUUGUUCGUGCUCAAUAUUGCUUCAAUGCAUGAGGUGAUCUUAGAUACCUGUUCCUGAAUGUCGUAUUGGGGCCUCCCUUCAUCACAAGGUAAAAGUUGAUCUCUUUUAAUAAUACCUGUCAUAUCUUUUGGCGUGGGGAGGGUCAUAACUAUUUUGGGCCAUACAAGGGGGAGGGUUACAUUUUUUUCUGCAGGAAAUUGGGGGAGGGCAUAAAAAAAAUUCACCUGGGAAAAAAGAAUUGCACCAGCCCUGCCCCCACCCUCUAAUAAAUGACAGGUCCCUAAUUUACUUCAGGUCAUACUUCUUGUAGCUUGGUGAUCACUAUUACAAGCUCAAGUUUCUAAAAAAAAAAAAUGGUCCUGCAGAUUGUAUUAGUGUAGUGUCUCUGUAUAGCUCUGAUAUAGGACCUGGAGCCUACAGUGGCAGAUCGGAACCUUCAGAUAAGAAGAGGGCUGGGGCCGGGGGGUUUGGGGAGGAUUCUCACCAGACCUUAAGGUGGCGGGAAGGAACCACUCAUUCAGACCUUAAGGUACGGAGGAGCUCAAUCUAGAAAAGAAUUUUCUUGGCACUGUUGUCCUCAAUUUGAACUGGAAAUAUGGAGGGCCAGGGACCUCCCUAGAUCUACUGCUGGCCUCUGCCAGCCCGCCCAUAUUCACCUGCUAUCUUUUUACAUUUACUAGGAACUCUAGUAUCAAUCCAAAUUAUUUAUCCUAAAUAUUCGGAUUUUUGCAAAUUAUUUAUAGUUGCUUUUUUGCACUUGUAUUUUGUUUCGUUUUUUUUUCAAAUCCUAGGAGCCUCAUUGUCACCAAAACUCUCUGCCUUCCAUACCCCUAUUAAACACUGAACUUUCUGACAACAGUCCUCAGCCAAGUGGUACCAUCAUGGUGUUAAAAACUGUGGAAAUAGGUCCUGUUGAUCCUGGGAUGAAUUCUUUUUCUUUUUCUUCCCCAUUUCUCCGCUAAAGGGGGGAGGGGGGGGAAGGUGUUUUCCUUCCCCUCCCUGUGACCUAUUACCUAUUUCCUUGAUUGUCUUCUGAGCUCCUGAUGAGACAAGACCUUCAGCAUUAAGCUGGUUAUGGGCUAUUUUUUGUUUUUCACUCAGUAUGGUGAGCUUAUCAUAAAUUUAAAAUGGAAUAAAAAUGAUCAUGCAGGUAUAUCCAUGUUGCAGCUGUAACAGGAGGAGGAGUUGGAGGUCCAGAGGGUGUUGCAGUCAAAUGCUUGUGAGGAACAGAGAAACCAGUUGGAGAAAGAAAUGAAGAAAUAAAGAAAAUUGGAGAAGGCUUCAAGAGAAAUAGCAAAUAAAAUGAAAAAAAAAAAAGAAAAAAAGAAAAAAGAAAACAGGAAAAAAAACAACACAAUUUUCAUUGAGGCCAAGCAGUUGGCUGCUCAGUUGCAUGUCUGGGUAGCUUGACCAUGUUUAAUAAAAUUCUCAAAACCACAAACAAACCACUCUAAGAAUUUGAUAAAAUGUGUAAAAAACAUUGUUUAUUACUUUUAUAAAAAUAAAGUUGUUUGUUUACAAUUCUACAACCAUUUUUCAUUUCUUCCUUUUCCCAUAAUUCUUUCCUCUGUUUUAUUUUCCUCUUACUCUUUCUCCACUUCCACAAUGUCCUUUUAUGUAUCCUCUAUACCUGGGGUGGAAAGUCACCUGAAAAUUUGAAAUUAGCCAUGCAUUAAAUAAAGCUUCCAUUAUAAUCAUUCUUUCAGGAAAUAAAGCUGCUACUUUGGCGGUAAUUCUAAAAAGCACUGUGUUCCACGAUACAGUGCCUUGAUUCAGCAAAGAAGCCUUGACCCUUUUGUUUUAAAAGUUAAAGAUUUUCUUUUGGUAGCAGAGAAAGGCCCCCAGUUCAGUGCAUUACAAAUAAUUAUCACCUACAAAGUGUGGUACCUGCCUAAUAACAAAAUGCAUAACUAAAAUACUGAUAAAUAAAUAAUAAUUAUUGAAGUAGGGUAUAUCCAGGCCGUUUUAGCUUAACAAAACAAAAACACAAGGUAAGUCAUUCUCAUUUCUAUUUUUGUCAAAAAAUGGAAUUUAGGACGUGUUUUGUUUAUUGUCAUACAUUCUCUUAUAAAUUCAAAGUCCAACAAACUCCUUCAGAGUUUGGCUUACCUGUGGAUGGGGCAACAUUUCAUGACAGGAUGGACAAUAAAGGGGCUGCAUUUUCAACACCUUCAAUGUGACUUGAAAUUACAAAGGUUCACACAGCAGAUUCAGGAAGACAAAAUGACUAACUUGGAAUCACAUAGUUUACAUUUGCCAAAAGUAGCUAACAUUGGGCCUUCUGGUCAUAGAAAAGACUAUAAAAGGAUUUGGGUUCUGGUUGGUUUAUUGUGCCAGAUUCCCAGUGCACCAAAAGGUUGACCCGAGUAUCCCACAGGUUGUGAGGGUCACUUUGGUUUUUAUAAUCUCAUAAAGUACCCAUUCUUCUCACACUAAACUAAACAGCAACUUACCACUUAAAAGUGAAAAAAAAAUCAACCAUAAUAUAUAAGAAAACAGAAAUAGUUUAUGUUGAGCCAUAAAUUCAACAACUGUCUGCUAUCCCUGGGGGUACUCCCUUAUAUGGCCUACAUGGGGAUGUGCCGCUGGACAGGGUAUGGUUUUCCUCCUCUCUGUCCUGAACCGGGUAUAUAGUUUGGCACAAGUCUGUCCUAAACAGGGUAUACAAUUUCCUGCAAGUCUGCCCUAAACAGUGUGCAUGAUUUGUGCAAGUCUGUUCUAAUUAUAAACAGGGUGUUUCAUGCAUUAUCGAUUUCGUCUUAGUGCAAAUGUUUGCAGAUAUUUAGUACGUCAUCACCCAAAGCAUGUUAUUGUUCUUGGCACCCUGGUCUAAAUAAGAUAAGUACAAGUUGACAGGUGUGCUUGAUAACCUUGUCCCCAUCUGAGAGAGUUGUCUUAUCUGGGUACUAAAGUUGAGGGUGUUAUCCUAGACAGGGUAUGGGUUUCAAACCCUCAGCGGCUCACCUACACCCAAACAUUGGUCGAGUUCCAGUCUCCGAGCAGAUACCUGAUUUUGGAGUAUCCAUUCUAGUCACGACCUUUUUAUAUUGGGAAGUUCAGUAAUAAUAAUCCAGAUGGCCACAACUUCCAUAUUUUCGCCAUUCUUAUUCUGAAGUAUCCACCUUAUUCUGAGCUAUCCAAAACAGAUACUUUGCUAUGAAUAAGCUUUACACGGCAGUCGCGGUAGUGGUACUGUAAUUAAACAGACAUUGUUUGUUCCUUGCACUAAAUUCUUACAAAGAACGUGAAAAACAACUAACCUCUAUGUAGGCUUUGAUCCAUAUUUUGGAGUAACCAUUCUCAUCUCAGCUUUCUUCAGGUAUACUUAUCUCAAGAGUCGGAGCAAUUCGCCGAAAAAUAAUUUUAUUCAGUUCCAGUCUCCGAGCGGAUACAUUUGUCAAAUGUAUCAGAAAUGAUCGUAUUGAACGGCCAUGCGCCUCAAUUGUACACGUAAUGGUGGAUGUCGUGAUUCAGCAUUAAUAGCGGGGCUCCCGCGCGCGCGAAGCGCGCGUGGGACAGAGCCCCAUACUCAUGGAAUAUGGUCAACCUCUUUUCGUUUGGUUGUCACGUGAUUGACCGAGCGUACGUACGUACGUACGUACGUACGUACAUACGUACGCGUCUACAGAUUGUACGGGUGGGGUAGGGGAGACUAUCAAAAGGAAGGGAGGGGUGUCUCAGGCGUGUCUUGGCAAGUCCACAUUUUUAAUAUUGGAUUUUAGGACAUUCACGAUAUGGUCAAUUGACAGCUGUCAAAACAGGAUAGCCACUGACCAGUAUCCCAUGACCAUAUCGCGGGCUCAUGUGUCAACUCAUCGAGGUGACUUGAUUUAUUUGGAAGCUGUCCGCUGACCAGUUAAUUGUUUUACUAGAUCGCGAACAAUGUUCAAUCUCAUACUUUUACUAGUUAAACUGAUAAUGCACACAUAUUGGAGAUCAAUGUUUUGAUCAAUUGACAGCUGUCAAAACAGGGUAUCCGCUGACCGGUAUCACUUGACCGUAUCGCGGGCUCAGGUGUCGACCCAUCGAGGUCAAGUAUUUUUUUGAAGUUAUCCGCUGACAAGUUACUAGUUUUCAAGUGAUCGCAGGCUCAAGUUCAAGUUUUUUCUAAAUUCGUAUGAAAUAUGUUGUGUUUAUGUGCUACAAAAUUAUAAUUUUGAUUGCAAACUGACCUCGGACGCGAAAUUCAGCCAGCUGUAGGUACAGGCAGGGAAGACAGUUGCUUUUGACUUUUCUCACCAUGGUCACGCGUUGGUCACGCUCUACGUCCAAUUUUUAUGCUCUGAUUGGUCAAAAUUUGACAGGUGAGUCCAUGCGGAAAAUUUAUGCAGCAUCUUGAAUCUUGUUUACUUUGACAGCUGAAGCUGACAGAGUUUUGUGUCAACUUGUGAUGUUUUUAACUGUCUUUUUCCACUGGAUGUGCAAAAUGAAAUUCAGCUGCUAUCAGGAGUCCUCUGUUAUUCAUGGCUAGUUUGUUUAUUGGGUUUUUGGUUGAGGAAUACGUCGCUUGUCAAAGUCGGAAAUCCGAUUUCGGAUGGCAUCGUUUUCGUUUUCACCUUGCUUGAUGCGUAAGAGGAUUGCAAAGUCUGAAGCGAUACUGGCUUUUCUUGAUACCUUUCAGGAGCUGCAUCUCGAAUGGUAAGCCAGAGAAAUUAUUGCUUUUGAUGUUUGUGUUUUUGGAUCUAAUUUAGUGACGUCGAGCGGAGUUUAUGCGGUCAUUUAGUUUAUGCACGUUUGUAAGAUUUGAGACAAUGAUCUGACCGAGUAUCAGGUUUGAUAUAAGCUUACAGAACUUUAAAAAGCCUUUAGACAGUUUCUUACCGCAAAUAGAAAGAAAACGUUCCAAAGAACAUUUAGAUAUAAUUCUGGCCGGAAAAGAAAGCUUUGAGUGAUUUUCUUGCCUCGAGUUCGUCUUUGAAAAAAGCAAACACCGGGAAGCCGGCUUAAAACAUAAACUUAAGCUUGAAGCUUGAAGACUCAGGAUUUUUAGGGAUACUUUAUUACUUGUCUUCCUGAAUGAAAAUUGUUGUUUCUGUAUAUGUUUCACCGAAUUAUAGUCUCUCUUGUAAUUUUAAUCGCUGUGCCGAUUGUUUUCAGUCGUUCAGUGAACAUCGCUUGCAGGAGUACUCAAAAUGCCGCGCGUUAAUAAACCAUUAAAUAAAAAAUAAACUGAAUAAAUUCUUUAUAAUUUUGGAGCGUAACUCUGUUAAUGUUCAUUCAAACACUCGCCACAGCUUGCACUACAAAAGUGAGAACCGGAUGGCCGUAUAGGUGAUUUUGGAAAUUUUUUUAACAGUUUAUGAAUAUUGAAUGAGUGCAAUUUGUAUCGUGAAAUACUGCUUUCUGUCCGAGGUCUGCCGGUAUGAUAAAAACAGUGCCUCAUACUACUGUUUUACCUCAGAUGUGAUGUAUACAUGGUAUAAAAGGUUGGUUUACACGCACCCAGAUUUGUCGACAAGAUUUUGCAAAGUAAACUUGUCGAACGCAAAAAAGUUGGCCUGAUUUUUUUUCCCACUAAUUAAUCUACGGUGAUCAGAGAACCAUUAUGGUUGUUAAAUGUGAUCGAGGAUGAUUACCAGUUUUUGGGUGUACAUAUGAGGCUAUCAACUCGAUGUAAGGUUUGGUUCACUCUUGGGUUGUUUGCAAAUUAUUUUUCUCUAAAAUCAGGUAGCCUUUCCCUCAAAAGUCACAUAAAUGUGCUCUAAAGUUAACUGAAUUGUGGAAUUCGAAUACAAGUUUAUUGUUUAAUUUAAAUUAUAAAUUUAUUAAUGGGAGCCUCGCUUUUAGGCCUGGCUAAAUCUAUAUAUUACGAAACUGAUUUGUGAAUUGCAAUAUGGCGCAAAGAGACGGUGGAAGUUCAAAGAGAGUCGGAAAAAAAUAAGAUCGAUCAAGGGUCCUCGCUGAAGCAGCGGAGUUUCUCGCUGCUUGUGAACAAAAGCGAAAGAAGCCAAAGAAUAGGACUGGCUCUGUUUUUUGGAAAAACCCGUCAACCGGUUUGAGAACUACUCACUCAACGUAUCGCCCUAGAAAAGGCCAUAGAGCUUCGUCAGUUUAAUAUUCCUAAAGCAGGUGAAUAAUACUUGAAAUUCUUAAACAUUUUACUAUUAUAUUAUGCACUUAUCAAUUGAAACCCCGACCCCCCCCACCCCGGGCCAAGGUGGGGAUUUGACUUGACAUCAUUACAAAUCUUAGCAAACUCCCACCCUACUGGGGCAUAUUGACUGGUAAAACCCCCAUCCAGGUGGGGAAACCUUUUUAAUUCCCUGACUGACUUUAUUAAUAUUUCGUUCGAAUUUUCAACUUCUUAAUAUUGACAAAUUUACUACAGCAAAAAGGCAAAUAUGAUAACAGACCAAGAUAUAAAUACAACAAAUAUUUGACAAUAAGUAAACAUAAUGACCCCUACCCACUUAUAAAAAAGUCAGGGUACAAAAUGGAUGAUGGAGUAGCACAUUGCUAUAAAGUUAUAUUAAAAGGAAAUCCGUACCAUCUCCAUUGAAAGUAAUAUCUGCAAUGAUAAUUUUAAUUGAAAAUAGCAGCCAACAUACCUUAACCUUCACAAGCUGAUGUUAUAAAUAGACUGCAUAAAAUAGUUCCUAAUAGGAGCUAUAUUUUUUAUUUUGGCUUAAAGAAUGAGGAAAUAUAGAACUUCAGAAACCACAUGGGUUUAACACUAGACGUUAAACGAGCUGUGUCAUGAAAUUUACCAAAAUGUAGGCUGUGGGAACUGCCACCAAAUUGAGUGAAACAUAAAAAUAGCCGCUUAAGACAUUAAAAGAUGGUAUAAAUGACUCAGCAAAUACAAAAGAAGGUACAGAUGGGAAAACAUGAAGAAGAUUAAAACGGAUUGAAAUUUUGGUUUUUGAAAACUUGUUAACCUAACAGUUUUUCAAAGUUCAUUGUUUUUGUCCGUAACGCUUGAUAUGCUUGGGAGAAACAUCUGUUUAAAACGAAGCUUUGAUUUCUUCAUUUCUUUGCCAACGUAACGCUCAAAAGCGAAUAGGGACCACGUAACUGGCAAUAUUAACAAAAUGAACCAGAUAGCCGUGACACAGCACCUUUUAUAAUAAGUAGAGGAGUUUGUAUCUGCAUUGUUUGAGAAGUUUUGAAUAACAAUAACAAUUUCCAGUCAACGAACCAUGAAAGCUCAAGGCAAAAUCGCAAAGGAUUAGUCUCAGUGAAGAAAUGAAAGGAAAAACAAUUAGGAAACUUACGGCCGAGCAAUACAUCAAAAUACCAGUGAUCACGUGAAGAAAUUACCGUGAGGAAACUAGGCACGAGUCAAAUCCCCACCUCGCUCCCCGACUUCCAUGGACUUCCAUGAAUAUGCUAAGCAAAUCCUGAGAAAUCCCCCACCCCCACGGGCUAACCAUGCCUUCAAAUACCAUAAAAAUCCCCCACAUUGCCCCACAUAGGCCCGGGGUGGGGGGGGUCGGGGUUUCAAUUGAUAAGUGCAUUAGGUGGGCUAAUUUAGAUGGUUUGUAUCAGCUUUUUAAUAUAAAAACAGUGGAGCCAACAUUCCAGGAGAUGAAACGGAUCAUGCCUCUCAAGGUAGUUAAUACAUAUUAUAGUCAAUCAGUUUUCUUUUUUCCGUUUCGUUCUAUGGCCAAGGUGUUAAAAGAUAAACGCAAUAUGUCCUGUUAAGUACGAAGAGUCCUUUUUUUCAGUCUGUGUUUGAUGAUCUUUGUGAACUAGGUUUCUUUGGUGGAAAGAUGGGACUAUUAAUUGUUCAUUAGCCCUGGAACAAAUUUUAAGAGUUUUUCUAUAGCGUGCUUGCUGAUAUACAUAGUAAAAGCUGGACAUACUUAACCAACAGGCUGUCAUUGUGCUUUGACAUUGCUGAGAAAAUGGAUUAAUUGCAUUGUUGUGUUUCCGAAGUUACCCAUUUACACAUAAUUAUUAGUUUUUUUCCCAGCAAUUAUGCUUUGUAUGUUGCUGGUUCUUUAAGCAGGCAAUGUAAAGCCAAUCCUAACUGGGUAAGAGUGGCUUGAUUUGCCUGCACACAAUUUUUUUCCCCACAAGGAAAAAGUCCCCUUCAUUCGUGAAGUCAAGGUGGCUGGAUAUUGUUUUCUGUCAUGGCCCCUACAGAUGCCAAAAAAAAUAAUUUGGUUACAUAACCUUCCAUCUUUCCCUCCUCCUUUGUCAACAGAAUGCAUAUAUGUUUCUAAAAUGGAAGUUAGGAGUAAUACAGUCAACUCUCUCUUAACAGACACCUCUAUAAGAUGGACACCCUUUUUAGAAUGGACACCUAAAGUGUGUGCCUGCCUUUCUUUACUCCCUUUAUUUACUCUCCAUAAGACGGACAUCUCUGUAAGACAGACACUUGGUGGUCCCAAAGGUGUUGGUCAUAGAGGUAGUUGUCCAGGCAUAUUGUUCUGCUCAGCCUUAAUUUUGUACCCAAAUCUCCUGUUCACCAAGCUGAAGGCAAGAUCUGCUCAAAUCCAAUUUGUACACGUGAUCGCCUGAAAUCCUCCAUUUUAGAUGUUUUUAACAACAAAUUUGAUAAAGCUGUGAAGUUUUCUCUAACAAAACAUGUUUAUAGCCUUUUUUUAUGAUUCAACCAACUAAUGUUAUUAUGUUAUGUAUGGAAAACUGUUGGUCCAUUUCAUUAGGUUAUUCUUUUUAAAAAAAGAAAUGUUUAUUUAAUUUAAUUCAUGUUUUGUUGCUUUUUCUAGACGUAAGUCAAAUUUUGAGUGAAUGCACUGCCUUAUUCACUCAAUCUCUUCCAUCAACACAGUGGAAUGAGAGGAUAUCAAAUGUAGGUCAAUCUUGGGUAAGAGUGCGCCCCCAAGUCAUGAGGGCAGUUCUGGAGAAGCCGUGUGUGUAUGGUGUGUAUGGAUGAGGCCCAAGGCCUUGUUAAGUGUAUUCAUUGUGGAAUGAAGAUCCUGUGCACACAAUGUGAUGAUGAGGAGCAUAGGAAAAAUCUUCUUCAUGAUAGAGAAAUAUUCCAUGAUGGCUUUUUUAAACCGGUGCCACCCAAUGUUUUACUGGGCAGCAAUGGUGACUUAAUUACAGUGGGUACGUGUUGUUUUCUCAUUUUUUUAACAACAGUUGAACCUGCUGAGUCAUAAGCGAUCACCCAAAAUGUGAAGAGUUAGUGACUGCUUGCAGAUGCCACAUGGAAUCGCUUACUGGGUCAAACACACAGAAUUAUUUUGUCAAGGGCCAAUAUCAUAAGUUAUUUCUGAGUUCUUGAUUUUUAUGGCUCAUGGAUGUGAUUAGUUCUUUUUGGUGUCCUUUUACUUACUCUUUUGUUUAUUUGCAGCAAGGCAUUUUGCAAGCAAUAUGCUAUUUUUUUGCCCCAGCUGUACAUGUACAGGUGAACCCAUGUUAACGUGUGAAAAUUGCAUAGUGGUGACUUCCGUGGGUUAGUUUAUUAAAUUUGUUAUGUUUUGUUGUAAGUUGUUUAGGUUUUAGCCACAAGGGUGUCCUGCCAUCCUGACCCAUGCAUGGGUGCCCAUUUUUGGAAGAAAUACAAGAAAAAUGUACUUAAUCUCAGAAAAUUUUAUAGGAAAACAUGCCCUCUGGAUGGCCAGUAUUCAAUGUCGGGCUAAAAACCUGGUUUUUGUUGCUGUGAUUCCAAAAAGUACAAGUAAAAACCAUUUUCCCCAGCUUAUCAUCUUUUUUAAAAUUUCUUUUAUAUGAUAAAUGAAGACUUUUUUCCUUUUGGUCUUUUUUAUCUACAGGGAGAUAUGAUGUAAAUUUCUGCAUCUUUCACUGUAAGGAUUGCAAAAAUGUCUUCUCACCUCUGGAUUCCUCCAAUCUAAUUCAGGCAGGCUAUUGGCCAGGCUCAAUUUCCAAUACUAAAUAUGUUUUUCUCAAGACCUGUUUUUUUAGUGGAAUCUAUUACAGAAAAGACUUCCAGGAUCAUCUGAAAGUGGUUUUUUAAGAUCUCUGGAGUAUUUCUCUGUUAUUAGAGGAAGGGUAAGCUCAUUUUACAAUGCUUACUGAAUAAGCAAUGGAUAAAUUUGCAACCUUGAACUUUCUCUGCCUUAAGUUUCUGUUCUUUUGUUUAAUGGCCUCUACAGCAGAAGUGAUUCCCGUACAAAACAGUUUCGAAGUAACUUACAACUCCGCACAUAAUACUUCCUUUGUAUUACCUUUGGCAGUAGCUAAUUACGCUUGAUAAAGAUGUACCAAUGGUUCAUUCAUAUAUUUUUGGUUAAUAUGUACUCAGCCUCCAUGUGUAUGUAUGUACAUGUUCAUGUAGAUGUUUUAUUCAUAAUUUCAGGUUGGUGUGAUAAAUGACACUGCAUUUAGCGUUGCCUUCAAAGAGUGGAAGUUCUGUCGCCAUGAGUUAGACGUCCUGCAAUCCAAGGAUUUCAUGGAGUGCCCAACUUGUGCCGUCUUCCAGCAUUCAGCUCAUGUUGAUGGGAAUGCUAAGCUUUAUCGAUACAAAUCAGCUGGGAGGUAACUGUUAUUGAAGAGGAGUCCAUCUGUUAAUAAUAUUUUUAUUGCUGCUGAUUUCAGACACAAAGUCAUGUAUUCAUAGGUUGCAAAAAAUUAAUGUGGGACGAACUUCAGAUGGUGGGUGCUCUUUGGAGCCAUCUCCAAGAAAUUCAAGAGCUUUCCCGGGUGUGGCAUAAGGGAAAAUUGAAUUUCCCCUGGCAUGUUUGCAGUGGUAUAAAACCACUACAUCAUAAUCGCAGCCCUCAUGCAAACAAUCAGCCUAUAAUGCAAAGUUUAUAACUUUAUUAUUAAAAUAUCAAAUAAUUCCAAUAAUAAACAAAAAAUAGAAACCUAAGUGAUAGCCGAAAAUACCAAUGAUUGAUAAAAGCAAACAUACAUACAUACAAACAUACUUGUAUUCUGGGUAGACUGUAUUUCGUAAAGCGCUCAAUUCAUUUAAUUGAAGAGCACACAUGCAUGCAUACAUGGCCUUUAUUAAAGUGUCUAAUUGUUCUAGUGCCUCUUGGCACUAACUGGGGACACAACAAUAAUUUUAUUUUGUUCUUGCCACAAGUAUAUUUUGGCUUACUUCACAGAGGGUUUUUGUUUAGAAAACAACACCUAUGUACAUAAUAUGGGUGCUUCUCGUGUGUCACAGACGUUUCUCCUAGGGAAACAUCCCCAGUGACAAUUCGAGCUAGGAGAAAUGGCUGUAUUCGCAGGCCUCUUAUUUUCUAAAAUCUAUAAAACAUUUUGUAACCUUGGCUAAAGAAGAUAACUAAGCAUUCAGGAUCCUCUUUGAAAAAAUAGGUGUCUUAUAACUGAAAUAUUAUUGCAAUGUAAGGGUACAUAGAUUUUGUAUAAGGAAUAAGUUUAAAUACCACCACAUACUCUCAGCUAAAAUGUAUUUUCUUUCCCUUCAGAAAAUGAGAACCUCUUUAACAACCUACAAUGUAAGUGCUGAUUACCGUUUAUGUAAGGACCUUUUUUGGCUAACUUAAUUGGGAAAAUACAGGUUAUUAAUUGCUGGUUUUUAGUGUAUCUGUACAAUGUAAAUACCUACUCUGUAUUCAAGUUUCUCCCUCUCGUGUGUGGGGGAAAUCACUCCUCGCUUCUUCACCCUCUCCCAGUCCUUCUUUUUCUUUUCAAACGUAUAAUCACAUUCCCUGUUCCUGCACUUCUUCACAGCUACAGGGCAAUCUUCAUUACAAGCUGGGCAGCGCGCAAAAAAAAAAAAAAAUAUUGGAAUAUGAUGAAAUGAAAAAGAAGAAAAAUAGCAAGUGCAAUAACAACAAAAAGAAUUACAGAAAUUACACAUAUUACUUGCAAACCUCGUUCAAUUGAUUUAUUGAUAUUUAAUGCCUUUUUACACAUAAAUGAAAGGAAAAAACAUUACAUUACAUGAAAAAUACACGAAACUAAAAAUAAUCUCAAGAAGCCAUGAACACUUAUAGGUGAGACUUCCUCUUUACAUUAGUUUUUAUUAAUGAUUUAUAUACUUUUAUAAAUAAAGAACAGCAUAUAAUAUUAUUUAAAGUAGUUUACAAGUGUAUAGAAAAUAUAAAGAAAAAGUUAAUCGUCAGUCUGAUAACUAGUAAUAAAUUACAGACCAUAUAUUGAGUAUUCUAUAAACUUAUUAAAUUUGAUUAAGUAAACGUUUACAGUGAUUUUACUUGACCUGUGAAAGAGAUAGUAACUAAACUAGUAAACAAUAGCAACAGAAAAACAAAAGAAGACAACGGAAUUAGUGCAUACGAGUGCUCAGUAUUGUACUACCUAUUUCAGGAGUCAAGUAAAAUAACUCUAAAGGUUCUUAUGUUGUUUGAUCUAAUUAUUGAGUGAGGCAAAGAGUUCUAAAAUUUCGGUCCCUGGUAUAAGAUUGUAAAUUUUUUUAUGUUUGUUCUGCAGGUAUGAGGACGAUAUGACUUGGCAUAUCCAGUAGAAUAAUCCUUGACUUUCAGUUUGAAAGAAAAUUUGAAAAGAGAGAGGUACCCAAGUUUUUGAAAAAUGUUUUUUUUGUUUUUUGUUUGUUUGUUUAUUUAUCUAUUUAUUUAUUUAUUUGGGUUUACUGGGAGUCCUGUAAUCUGCAGCACAGAUUGUUUGAACAAUUCUUUUCUGUAACAAGUAGAUUCUAGUGAUAAUGUUUGUAGGAUAUGUAGAACUCUAUACUAUGUUGCAAUAUGUGAGAUAUGGAUACACUAAAAAAAAAACCAAAACAAACAAAAGAAGCGAUUUUUUAGUUACAUAGGACCUUGCGACAACAUUCUUCUUGUUUUUGAAAUUUUUGUACCGACAAAUCUCGCUAUUGACAAAAGAGUUAACAACAUGCACUAAGAAAAAAAAAAUAAACAAAAAAAGACCAAAAAGAGAGGUCAAGAAUAGAGGAUGGCCACCACUUUCAAUAAGGCCAUCCCCCUUUUUUUUUUCAUUUAGCGUCGAAUGCGUUUUCUGAUAUUGGGUUCGUCGGUCGGAUUAAAAAAAAAAAAAAAUUUCACAAGAAGUCUUGGAGGCCCUGGUACCCCAGGGUGAUGUUAAAGGUUAACAUUCACAUAUUUGGAUUGACAAAAUGCACAAUAUACUGUAAAAAAUGCCCCUGUUUUUGUUCCUGUUUUUCUCUAUGCUGUUACUAUGUUCAUUUUUCAGACCAAAAGAAUUAUUUGAAAUGAAAAAUGGUGUAACUACGUCGACUCGUUACUUUUUUUUUUUUUGGAAAAUGCCAAAAAUUUGGGUCGGUCGGACGAUGCUAAACGGAGAAAAAAAGGGUGGCCUAAGCGUAAUGAUAAAAAACAUUAAUGAAUAACAAAUAAUAUCAAUACAGUUUGAAUAUCAGGUAAAUGACUGACUCCUAUAUAUUGUGACUACCAUAUUUUGCUAUUGUUGUGGCAGGCUAACCCAAUAGGUAGAGCACCUGACUACAAAGAAGGUUGCAGACCAGAUUGCCAUGGCUGGAAAAGUAUUUGGGGUCUCACAAUAACUGAGAAAUGA